UCUUUCUCUCUUGACAAACAGAUUCGCGCGUUUUGAAAACGAUGAGUCUGCUGUCGGGGAAAAAUAUGCAUGUUCUCCUCAUCCCGUUGAUUGCUUUGUCGUGUUUUGAAUGGUCAUCAGCAGCUAAUAUGAUGUCCCUAGCAAAGGACUGCUGGGAUCCAAAUGAACCAUUUCAUAGGUCACCUUUGCGAAAUGCCACCUCGGUCAACAACAGCACGACCCAGCAACAACCUUUACCGGCUCUCACACCUGGUCGACAACAGGAUGCCCAGAUCCGAAUUGCCAUCGACGCGGAUUCCUAUCGAAUUGGACAAAAAGUUACAGUGACGGUGUCGUCGGACAACCCGUUCGAAGCGUACGUCAUCACGGCGACGGGUUCCACGGUGCGCAACACCGACGAGGUGUGGCCCGGGAAUUUCCUGCCCGAGUCGUCGGAUCGACGGCAAGUGUUGCUGUCGUGCAACGAGCAACUCAAUAGCGCGGCGGCCAGUGGACCCGAGAGAUCCGACUUCAGAUCCGUCUCCGCCAGCUGGUUGCCGCCGGAUCGCGACGUCGGCCUCGUCUCGUUCAAGGUUGCCGUCUUGCGAGGAAAUGUGUUUUGGACGAACGAAACAGCCAGGCUUCAGUUUUUUCCAUUUCCUCCACCGAUUGAUCAAUGCGGAGAGCGCAAAUUCUGUUUGCGAAAAUGCAAUCGAGCCAUCACCAAUUGUCCCUCGUCGGAAGCCGAGAUCGUUUACAUGCAGGACAAGUGGGAAGGAAGAGAACCUUUACUUGCUGUCCUGGGUGGAGUUGCUCCAGGACCAAUGGACUUCGUUGCCAUGGGUUACACGGCAGACAAGGACCAGCUUUCCAAUUCGGAUUUGACGAUUUGUGCCAGGUCCUUGAUCAACUCGACCACCUCAACCACUCGUCCGAUUCUGCAGCACUUCUUGAUGGAAAGACUGGAGUACGGGCCCAAACGAAGCGGGCUUAACGAGGGAUCGGAAAAUUUCAAUAUUGACUCUUCCUCAACGAUGGACGACGUCAGAGUGUGGUGCAAAUUCACACGACCCGUCACGGGUCUUUCCAGGAAGACAUUGGACUUGAAGAAGCCCUUGUACAAAUUCUACUUCACCGGAACUCGGAAUGAAAAUGGCGAUGUCGUGAUCCCCAAAGAACCCGGGAUGCUGUUGAGUGCGAACAAGUACAACGUGUCCCGAGUGGCGGACAUCUACUAUUUUGGAGCCGCCUCGCAAGCAACGCAGUUCUUCGCAAAGAAUGGAUUCAGUGCUGUUCUCCUCUUUUGGAUUAUGCGGCAAUUGACCGUUUCUUCAUUCGGAUUCAACUAGUUCUUCAUAUUUGAGGCAAUUCGGAAGAUAGCUAAGAGGCACCUAGCUCCCAUGGUUCGCACUAACUGGUACUGUCUAUACUGAUGGCAUGUGCUGCUGUCAAUUAAUUUAGUUUUGAAUAUAGUCCAGUUAUUCUUAUAUUCAUUUAUUUCCUGCGUGAAGUUUUUUUUAAUAAGCUACGUGGACUGAAAUCAUCUUUUGGAGCAUGCCGAACCAUUCAAGGCAUUUUUGAAGAAAUGGAAUGGAAAACGGAUGUGCUUUGAUUGAUGAUGAGUACGUCAGUAAAAGUUUAGAUUGAUCAGUCAGCAACAUGUGAAUAGCAUUUGGAAAUCGAACGAAUAUCAUGAAAACGGCUUAAGACGCCAAGCUUUUCAAUAUUCCAGAAAUUUGGAUUCACGCUAAACCAUUUUUUUCUUCAAUCAUUUCGGAAUAUUAUACGGUCCAUGAAAAUUCAUACGUGUUAUAUGUGGCUGCCCAAAAUUCAACGUGAAAAUUCGUAAGAAACCCCGAGGAGAAGAUUUCUUGAUCCAAUUUUUUUUUCGAAUGCCCGAACCUCUUUCCUUCGGAAUUCACCUUCGUUCUUUUUUUUUACAAAAUUAAUUUUCUUUGCAUCGUAAAAAGCUGCGUGUUACUUCGUGAAUAUUUGAUGUGCGAUAGUGUGAUGAUCGUAAGGGUGCAUUUGUGCAUGCGCAUUCAAGAUUUUUAGGAGGAUCGAUGUUGAAAUGUCGUGCAGAUGUCGCCACUAGAAAAAUAUCACUGGAUUUUGACGCGUUCCCUUUAUUUUUUGGUAUAAAAAUAGCUGAAUUAGGAAUUUCGACUUUAUUAAUGUUUAUUAUCCGUAGACGAGUGCUGGUGUCGAUAUUUUUAAUUCAGAGUAAAGAAAUUAGGGCAAAUAUGCCAAAGAAAAUGCUUAUGAAGUGCAUUUUUCAAGCGUACUUUGUUAGUCUUCAAAUUUGGUUGUUAGAAGAAGUUUUCGGCGGCAAUCUCAUUAUCCAGAAUCUUCGUCUGAAGGAUCAUUCCAAGAUAUUCUCUGAGUACGAUUUUUCAGAGUCGCCAUAUGAAUUUGAAAUCCUUUCCGAAAGAAGAAUCGAGGCUCGAAAAUGUUUGAAAUUCGUUUGAAUAUUUCAUCAUAUUCCGCUUUUGACAAAUCGAAAACAUGUAGACCUGAAGAUUUUGAGGCUCCACGAAUUUUUGGAAUGCAAUUUCUCUGCGCACACGUGUUACAAUUUGUGAAUAUCCCUGUUCGUUGUCCGCUUAUAUAUUCAAAUGUCUGACUGUGAAUAAAGUUGGAAUUGUAAAUAAAAAAACAUUUAGG